CCACGCGUUGAAGAACGCAUUUCGGAGUUGAAUCGAAGCAAGCGAGCGGUUUUCUGUGGAAUUUCUUCUUCUUUUGCGUAGAUUUGUUGAGAGUGAGUUUUCUGAUCGAUUUGUUGUCGAGUUGAUGGCUGGAAAGGGCGAAGGACCGGCGAUCGGAAUUGAUUUGGGGACGACAUACUCGUGCGUCGGAGUAUGGCAACAUGACCGCGUGGAGAUCAUCGCCAAUGAUCAGGGUAACCGCACGACGCCGUCGUACGUCGGAUUCACCGACACCGAGCGUCUCAUUGGCGAUGCGGCGAAGAAUCAGGUCGCCAUGAAUCCUACCAACACCGUCUUCGAUGCGAAGCGGCUGAUCGGACGGCGAUUCAGCGAUCCGUCAGUCCAAGCCGACAUGAAGCUAUGGCCGUUCAAGGUCAUCCCCGGCCCCGGUGACAAGCCGAUGAUCUGCGUCAACUAUAAAGGAGAGGAGAAACAGUUCUCUGCGGAGGAGAUUUCAUCUAUGGUCCUGACGAAGAUGAAGGAGAUCGCCGAGGCCUAUCUCGGCGCCACCAUAAAAAACGCCGUCGUCACAGUUCCGGCGUACUUCAACGACUCUCAGCGCCAAGCCACCAAGGACGCCGGCGUCAUCUCCGGCCUAAACGUCAUGCGAAUCAUCAACGAACCUACCGCCGCCGCCAUAGCCUACGGUCUCGACAAAAAAGCCGGCACCGCCGGCGAGAAGAACGUCCUGAUCUUCGACCUCGGCGGCGGCACGUUCGAUGUCUCUCUCCUCACCAUAGAAGAAGGCAUCUUCGAAGUGAAAGCCACCGCCGGCGACACUCACCUCGGCGGCGAGGAUUUCGACAACCGUAUGGUGAAUCACUUCGUCCAGGAAUUCAAGCGGAAGAACAAAAAGGACAUCAGCGGCAACCCUAGAGCUCUCCGCCGAUUAAGAACCGCCUGUGAAAGAGCAAAGCGAACUCUCUCCUCCACCGCCCAAACCACCAUUGAAAUCGAUUCUCUCUACGAAGGUAUCGACUUCUACUCCACCAUUACCAGAGCCAGAUUCGAAGAACUCAACAUGGAUCUCUUCCGAAAAUGCAUGGAACCAGUCGAGAAAUGCUUGCGCGACGCAAAAAUGGACAAAUCCACCGUCCACGACGUCGUCCUCGUCGGCGGCUCGACGAGAAUCCCCAAAGUGCAACAACUGUUACAGGACUUCUUCAACGGCAAGGAGCUCUGCAAGAGCAUCAACCCCGACGAGGCCGUUGCGUACGGCGCCGCCGUCCAGGCCGCCAUUUUAAGCGGCGAAGGUAACGAGAAGGUCCAGGACCUCCUCCUCCUCGACGUCACCCCCCUUUCCCUCGGCCUCGAAACCGCCGGCGGCGUCAUGACCGUUCUAAUUCCGAGGAACACCACAAUUCCGACGAAGAAGGAGCAAGUCUUCUCCACCUACUCCGACAACCAGCCCGGCGUCCUCAUCCAAGUCUACGAAGGAGAACGCACACGAACACGCGACAACAACCUGCUCGGAAAAUUCGAGCUCACCGGAAUCCCGCCGGCGCCGAGGGGCGUCCCGCAAAUCAACGUGUGCUUCGACAUCGACGCGAACGGGAUUCUAAACGUGUCGGCGGAGGACAAGACGACGGGGCAGAAGAACAAGAUAACAAUCACGAACGACAAGGGGCGGCUGUCGAAGGAGGAGAUCGAAAAAAUGGUGCAGGAGGCGGAGAAGUACAAGGCGGAGGACGAAGAGCACAAGAAGAAGGUGGAGGCGAAGAACGCGUUGGAGAACUACGCGUACAACAUGAGGAACACCAUUAAGGACGACAAGAUCGCGUCGAAGCUGACGGCGGCGGACAAGAAGAAGAUCGAGGAUUCGAUCGAGGAGGCGAUUCAGUGGCUGGAUGGGAACCAGCUUGCGGAGGCGGAUGAGUUUGAGGAUAAAAUGAAGGAGCUUGAGAGCAUUUGCAACCCCAUUAUUGCUAAGAUGUAUCAGGGCGGCGGCGAUGCGGCCGGGAUGGAUGAGGAUGGCCCGGCUCAUGGCGGCGGCGCAGCCGCCGGUGGCAGCGGCGCUGGACCUAAGAUUGAGGAGGUGGAUUAAGGAGUUUUAAGUAAGUAUUGCUGGAUGAUUGAAGUUUGGGGUGUGUUUUGGUAUUUUUGAUUUUGGAAGGACGGAUUUGAUGAUGAUGGUAAUAUGGUAUGGUUUAUGAAGUAGCUCUUUUGAUGGUAUUAAAUAAAAUAUAAUGCUUUCCCCAA